CAUUACGAUUCACACAAACGUAUUGUCCAUUUGCAUGAAAAGCCAUUCAUAUGUGAUGUCGAGGAUUGUGGCCAAAGGUUUUCACAGAAACCACACCUAACUUAUCACAAACGCAUUCACAAUGAUAUCAAACCAUUUGCGUGUGAUUUCAAUGACUGUGGCAAAUAUUAUCGAGACAGAUCUCAAUUAGUAAACCACAAAAGUGCCGUUCAUUUCAAAAUAAAAUAUAAAUGCAAUGUUAAAAAUUGUGGCAAACAAUACACUACUAAUAAUGGCCUGGCUUAUCACAAACGCACGCAUCUAGGUGAGCAACCAUUUAUAUGCAAUUCUGAUGGGUGUGAUAAAAGUUUUAAACAAAAAUGUUUGUUUAAUGAUCAUUUAAAACGACAUAAUAAAAUCAAACCUCAUAAAUGUAUUGCUAAUAAUUGUGACAAAAAUUGGAGUCAAAGACAACACUUUAGAAAUACAGAUAUAGAAGUGAUUAAAAUAUUAAUUGAAAUGAAGUUCAAGUUAAGCAAUUUGUGUCAAUUUCAGAGUUUGUGUCAAAGUUUAGACAAAAUGCAGUGUUUUUUGUCACAAAAUGCAAGUGUUUUGUGUGAAGGGAUUGAAUGCGAAAAUGCAGUCAAUUUGUCAAUGAAUUGCAAUUCAUUUGAUUUGAAUUCAUGUAAAAUCAGUGAUAAAAAUCUCUUCAAAUAUAAAAACAUUGAUAAAUUAGGUCCUUAUUACCCAUGUCUGUGGUCUAACUGUCAAUAUAUAGGAGUUUCUAAAUAUCUAUUAACUGAACAUCAAUUCAUUCAUUCAAAUGACAAACACUUCAAAUGUGAUUUCAAUGAUUGUGCAAAAGUUUUUAAAAAGAGAGGUUACUUAAGAAAACAUAAAAAUGCCGUACAUUUCACACCAAAUGAUAUGUUUGUAUGCGAUUGGAGUGAAUGUGACAAACAUUUUAGAGAUAAACAACAUCUAAAGAAACACAAAAAUGCUGUCCACUUGCAAAUUAAGCCAUUUAUAUGUAAUGAACAAAAUUGCGGCAAAAGUUAUUCCGGGAAAUCAAAUCUAGUAAACCACAAACGCCUACAUACGGGAGAAAAGCCUUUUGCGUGCGAAUGGGUUGACUGUAAUAAGAGUUUUACCCAAAAAGCUCAUUACGAUUCACACAAACGUAUUGUCCAUUUGCAUGAAAAGCCAUUCAUAUGUGAUGUGGAGGAUUGUGGCCAAAGGUUUUCACAGAAACCACACCUAACUUACCACAAACGCAUUCACAAUGAUAUCAAACCAUUUGCGUGUGAUUUCAAUGACUGUGGCAAAUAUUUUCGAGACAGAACUCAAUUAGUAAACCACAAAAGUGCCGUUCAUUUCAAAAUAAUAAAAUAUAAAUGCAAUGUUAAAAAUUGUGGCAAACAAUACACUACUAAUAAUAGCCUGGCUUAUCACAAACGCACGCAUCUAGGUGAACAACCAUUUAUUUGCAAUUUUGAUGGGUGUGAUAAAAUUUGUUUCGAGACCAGAAUUGAAGUCACAUUUAAUGAGAAUUCA